GAUCGUGUUUGAACAUAUCGUGUUUGAUCGUGUUUACAGGCCUAUUAUGUAGAACUGAGGUUAAUUCAGUCUAAGACAGUAGUAGUUUGUCAUUACAUUUCCAUAUGAUUGAUCAGAAUUUAUGGUAUUCUCUAUACAGAAGUUAAACUCAAGCUACAAGUGGACAAUAAAGGACUUUCCUACCCUAUGUAUGAAACACACCAAUGGAUCUGCCUUCACAAGCCCUAUUUUCUGGCUGCUUGGUCACAGACUUAAUUUCCUAGUCUAUCCCAAUGGGAUAGAUGAAGAGGCUGAGGGAUGGCUGUCGCUGUAUCUCGAAUUCAGUGAAGAAUAUCCAAAGUCUCGCAAAGUCAUUAACAAGAUACCCAAUGUUGAUAAUGCAGCAACCGUUAUAUGCAGGUUGUCAGUGAAAAGCAUAGAACCUGAAGCUGAUGAUGUCUCCCAGCAAGCACUUCAUGUUUUAAAAGAGCCAGCAGGGAGCUUGGGAUGGUCUAAGAUGAUAAAGACAACCGAAGCGCUUUAUUCUAAAGCCUACUGUAACAGUACCAAUGGUAGUCUAACCAUCCAAUGUACAAUACAGCCAGUAAACCACAAUAGGUUCCAUGUCACACUGAUGAAGUACUUUCUCCAGCCUACUGUAACAGUACCAAUGGUAUUCUAACCAUCCAAUGUACAAUACAACAGUUUUUGUAUUCUACGUAUUCAUAGACUCUAAUCAUUAGCCAAUGAGAAACUAGAAUCGUGCAACCAGGUCACCAGAGCGCAAGCUCAGCUAGUCUUCGCUCAAUUUCGUACUCAGAGCCUGCGUUUUCUACUGGUCAAUUUUUUCUUCUUUUUGAUCGAAAGUUAACACAGAACUCAAUUUCAAAGCAUGGUUUGCAAUGAUUAUAUUUGACUUCAGGAAAAUUGCGCAUGCUCCAAAAAUGAUUUAUGCCAGAGCCCUCGUUCUUCACCGCAGGUUAGAAGAAACGCAGGUUCUGGGUACGAGAUUGGUCUUAAUAUUCACUGCCUUUUUUGCAAUUUUUGAAUUAUUACUUGUGAAACUAACUAACGUUAAUUGCAAAUAUUCACAUUAGAAAAUGUAAACGUUUUUAAAGAAUGCAUUAGAAUAGUCUGACAGUUGCAACUUUUAUAUAAUUGUGAACUAAGUACACGUAAGAGUAAAAAUGGCUUUAAUUUAAAGUUGUAAAGCUGAAUAUAUAGUAAUGCUUUUUGAGCAUGUUGUUCUGCUCUUUAUAAUGUCACUGAAGAUAUUGCUCAGAAGCUUUUAUUUUAGCUGUUUGAUAGCUAAUAGUUUAUAAUCUUAUAAUAAGGUCUAAGCUUAAAUUGCGAGGCUUCUCUUAGUAUAUCCAAUUGCCCUAUAUCACUAUGACGUCACAUCAAAAAAAUCUGUUGUUUUAGCUUUAGGGAUCAUGGUCGCCAGAAGGGGCAAAUAGCAGCAAAACGAAUGAAAUCACAAUAAAAAUGGUUAAUUAGACGGGGAAAGGUGAUCACAGAUAAAUGUUGUACUAAAUAUCCUGAACGGAAAACAAAUUUCGCCUAAAUUCCUAUCAUUCUUGACCAUGUAAACAAGCUGUGAUGUCAUAAUGUUAUAGGUCAAUAGAUAUCUUAAAUUUCAAGAUGCAAAAUUGAUAGAAAGUUUGAAUUUUCUUUCACGUUGUGUAUCUAGACCUUGUGGAAAUAUUUUGUAGUGAAAAAUUCAAUAUUAAACUGCAUCUUUAUUCAUAUUUA